ACUCUGCCCCAACUGCCAAAGUCCUAUUUUGUCAUUGGGUGGAUGUGACAGAGAAAAGGAGCCAAGGGAGAAAUAACAGAGCGAGAGAAAGUGUGAGACGCUGCCAGUGAUAGAGGAAAAGACUUAAAGCCACUUGUGAAUUUUCUCAGUUGUCAUGGGCCCUUGGGGGUUGAACAAGUGGCACCACUGAUUCACAGACGAGAGGACAGGAGACACAAGAAGAGAAACAACAACAAUAACAACAACGAGAAAUGAUCACAAGUUACGAGAAGUAACUAAGGACGACAAAGCUUUUAUAAGUCGCAGCGUUAGAGAAACGCAAAGAGAGUGAGGGACACACGAGGUCCAAAAGGGAAGAGUUUCCUCCAGGCAGCCGGCAGGAUCACUCUUGGAUCCUUCAGUCCAUCCCUCCAUCCCUCCAUCUGUCUAUCCAUCCUGUGAGGAAGGAGCAGAGACUAUGAAGAGACCUCACGACUACAGUUCCCCAGACUCGGACACAGACGAAUUUAUCGACGUGGGACAAGAGGACGGCUUCUGCCCAGUCACCGGGUCCAUGUCUCCCGGCAGUGCCUCGCAGAUUCUGGCACGGAAGAAAAGGAGAGGGAUCAUAGAGAAGAGGCGCAGAGAUCGCAUCAACCACAGCCUGUCAGAGCUCCGCAGACUUGUCCCCAGUGCGUUUGAGAAGCAGGGUUCAUCAAAGCUAGAGAAAGCAGAGAUUCUGCAGAUGACAGUGGAUCAUCUCAAACUGCUGCAUGCCAUGGGAGGAAAAGGAUACUUUGACGCGCGGGCUCUGGCUGUGGACUACAGGACCCUUGGUUUUAGGGAGUGUGUUGGGGAGGUAGUGCGAUACCUCAGCUCCCUGGAGGGGGAGUCUCCAGACCCCAUAGGAGCCCGUCUGGUCUCUCACCUCUCACACUGUGCAAGUGAGCUCGACCCUCUCCUCUUACAGUCGCCCACAGCCGCCGCCUUGCCCUUCCCUCCAUGGCCGUGGGCGUCUUUCCCUCAGAUCUCAGCCGCCUCGCCAGUCACCUCCUCGCCACCUUUCUCCACGGGGCGAAGAGACCUUGCCCUUCUUGGGAGCUACCCGUCACCUGCCUCUCUCCGCCUUGGCCCCCUGGGUAGCUGCCAGCAGGGUGCUCCAACACUCCUCACGCCAACAGCUCUGGCCACCGUGCACAGAAUGCCCUCUCUGGCAGCGUCCCCUGCUCUCGGCCCCUCCAGGCCGAGCCUGCCUUCCCCUCACUGUGCCACCAGGGCCUCGCCUCUUCCUCUGCCGACCCCUUCCUCUUCUUCUUCCUCCACCUCCUCCUCCUCUACUUCAUCAUCCUCUGCUCAACCGCAAGUCUCUUUCAGGCCCUUUGCACCUCUGGGGUCUCCCUCAGCCCAGCGCAGGGGCUUGAGCGGAUCAGCCAAGGCGACACAGGGAUGGGGGACUGAAAUUGGAGCUUUCUGAGGUUCAAAUCUGGUUUUCUUUUCCAAGCGGACAUGGAGCUCCCAUGUGCACCAUGACGCGCACGCGAUGAAUGUGGAGGGGGAAAAAAAGUACUGGACCUGUGAUGUUUAAGGGACUGUAAAAGCCAUAUGAGACUAUGAGUGAAGUUUCAGAUAAACACAAACAAUUACAUAUUAUAGAGUAAUGGUGGAAUGUGAUGGAGUGGAGCAUUUGAAUAAAUCCACAUUCAUGAUCUUUGCUUGACAAAUACCAACAGAGCCAUAUAUAUAUAACGCUCAACAGUUUGACGUUGAGUUUUUUACUGAUCUUUUAACUGUGAUAUUUGUUUGUUUUCCCCCCCCCAAAAAACAUUUAUGUAUUUGAUAACCUUUUCCCAACUCUGAAGACUGUUUGACAAAAAUCUCUAUAAAGACAAAGUGCCUUCACCGUU